ACGUAUUUUCCAGACAGUUUUGGUUUAGCCACAAGACCUGCAAGUAUAUCCUUUCUUGUCAAUUUUAUGAAAGCUGUUGUAUUGUACUCCCCUGCCGAAUCGAUCGACACACGUCUUUGAUAGCCUUCGAUAACCUAACGUUAGGUGUUUAGAUUGUGACAGACACCUAGCAGGCUAUGGAGGACAUGGAGAGCGACACGGGAGGCUUCCCCUUUCCCUUCCAACCAUACCCGAUUCAGGAGCAGUUCAUGGAAGCUUUGUAUGCUACACUGGAUCAAGGCAAGGUCGGCAUAUUCGAAAGCCCUACAGGCACGGGCAAGUCUCUAAGUCUGAUCUGCGGGGCUCUUACCUGGCUGAGGGAUUACGAGACCAAGAAGAGAGAGGAAGCAGCCAGACUUCUGAGAGAGGAGGAGGAAGAGAAGGAGAAGGAGAAAGUGUCCAAGGCACUGACAAGCUCAGGCUCCACUGAACCUGACUGGAUCACUGACUUUGUGCAGAAGAAAGCAGAGAGGGAUCAGGUGAACAAACUCAAGGAUGAAGAGAUGAGACGGAAGAGAAGAGAGGAGAAGUUGGAGAUGAUCCGGCACAAUGCACAGCUCAAGUAUGCUCUGAAGAGGAAGACUGAAGAAGAUGAUGAGAUCACUAAGAUGAUGCAGGAGACUGGGCGAGACCCAGGAGAGCCAGCUCAGGACCCUGAGGAUGAGGGCCUCAUUGUGGCCGAAUACGAGAGCGAUGAAGAAUCCACUCCCAAAAACAAGUUAUGUGACGAUGAUGAGCUGGAUGACUUGGAGGAAGAACAUGUGACAAAGAUUUAUUACUGUAGCAGAACACAUUCUCAGCUGGCCCAGUUUGUGCAUGAGGUCCAGAAGAGUCCAUUUGGACCUACAGUCACCCUCGUCAGCCUUGGCUCCAGACAGAAUCUGUGUAUAAACCCAGAGGUGCUGCGUUUGGGGAGCACUCCACUGAUUAACGAAAGAUGUAUGGAGAUGCAGAAGAACAAGCACGACAAGCCAGAGAAGCCGGCAGAGGACGAAGCCAAGCGUCGCCGUGGCGUUGCCAAGGCGACAUGCCCAUUCUCAGGAUUUGAGAAAUUGAUGACGAUGAGGGAUAAAGUGCUAGCGGAGGUCCGAGACAUCGAGCAGCUGGUGCACCUGGGCCGCAAAACACACACAUGUCCUUACUACAGCACCCGCAAGGCCAUACCUGCUGCACAGCUGGUGGUGUUGCCUUACCAGACACUGUUGCAUGCUGGGACACGGCGGGCCUCCGGCAUCCAUCUGAAGGAUCAGGUGGUCAUCAUUGAUGAGGCCCACAACCUCUCUGACACACUCACCUGCAUCCAUAGCACAGAAGUGACAGGGGCACAGCUCUGCAGAGCACACUCGCAACUCACUCAGUACUGUGACCGCUACAGGAGCCGCCUGAAAGCAAAGAACCUCAUGUACAUCAAGCAGAUCUUAUUUGUGUUGGAGGGGCUGGUACGCACUCUUGGAGGAAAAGUGGGACAGAAUCCAAACAGUCAGAGCACUCAGUCAGGCACUGAGCUGUUCACUAUCAAUGACUACCUUUUCAAAGCCCAGAUUGACAACAUCAACCUAUUCAAGCUGCAGAGGUAUUUUGAGAAGAGUAUGAUCAGCAGAAAGCUGAGUGGUUUUGCUGAGCGUUAUGAAGGUGUUGGUGUGACAUCACAUACACAUGCUAACAAGGAAAACCGUCGGACUGAGGGCCUCGGCCGGUUCCUACAGGGUCUGCAGAACAAAGCCAGCACAGUUCCCAUUGAAGACCAGAAGGGAGCAGAAGAGAACAAGCCCAGUCUGACGUCUCCAUUGAUGCUGGUGGAGAGCUUCCUGUCUGGCCUGACCAGCGCCAACAAGGAUGGAAGAGUGGUGAUACAGAGACAGGGGUGUGUAGCCCAGUGUUCGGUGCGUUUUCUGCUGCUGAAUGCAGCGCUGCACUUUGCUGAGGUGCUGAGAGACUGCAGAGCUGUCAUCAUCGCUGGAGGCACCAUGCAACCUGUGGCUGACUUUAAGGAACAGCUGCUUCUUGCUGCUGGAUUGACACAGGAGCGAAUCACAGAGUUCUCCUGCGGUCACGUGAUUCCUCCGGAGAAUAUUUUACCCAUAGUUCUGUGCGCAGGACCAUCGGGGCAGGAGCUGGAGUUCACCUUCCAGACGAGAGACACUCCUAAGAUGAUGGAGGAGACUGGCCGCGUUCUCUCUAAUCUGUGCAACGUAGUUCCAGGGGGCGUUGUGUGUUUCUUCCCUUCUUACGAAUACGAGAGGAAGAUUCUAGAAUUCUGGGAAAGCACCGGAGUCCUCCAGCGAUUGGCUGCCAAGAAGAAGAUCUUCCAGGAGCCAAAGAAGGCCAAUCAGGUUGAGCAGGUGUUGUCUGAAUACUCCAGGUGUAUUCAGCGUUGCCUCACUUUCACUACUCCAAGUGGCCAGACGGGGGCGCUACUCUUCUCUGUGGUUGGAGGGAAGAUGAGCGAGGGGAUCAACUUCUCAGAUGAUCUUGGCAGGUGUAUCGUGAUGGUGGGAAUGCCGUACCCCAACAUUAAGUCACCUGAGCUGCUGGAAAAGAUGGCUUACCUGGACAAGAACAUGCCACAUAUAGGGGGCCGGAGUCCUGGCAGGGCAUUGGUGGAGAACCUCUGCAUGAAAGCCGUCAAUCAGUCCAUAGGCAGGGCCAUUCGUCACCGCGGCGACUACGCCUGUGUGGUUCUGCUGGAUCGCCGGUUCUCACGUCCCGCCACACUACAGAAGAUUCCGGAGUGGAUUCGCAGGAGCACGCAGACACACAACAGCUUCGGACCGGCCUUCGCCAGUAUCAGGAAGUUCUUCCUGGAGAAGAGGCAAAAACAGCUGAACUGAGAGGAAGAAAUGAGAUCUGUGUGUGUGUGUGUGUGUGUGUGUGUGUGUGUUCUUCGCCGUCUGUUUUAUUAACUGUUGCUGCUGAAAGAUAUUUGUUGUUGAAUUGGUUGUGAUCCAUCCCAUAAUAAACCAGA